GACGUGCACCCGCUUCCGGGCCCGGGCGCCAUUUCUAGCGAUUGCAGGUUCUCACGAGUUGUAGUCCGCUGGGACAAUGAGCUAUGAUUACCAUCAGAACUGGGGCCGGGAUGGCGGGCCCCGCAGCUCCGGCGGGGGCUACGGAGGAAGCUAUGGGGGGGGCCAUGGAGGAGGCCAUGGAGGGAACCGAGGCUCCGGAGGCGGCGGCGGCGGCGGCGGUGGCGGAGGAGGUGGUCGAGGCGGCCGCGGCCGACAUCCCGGGCACCUGAAAGGCCGCGAAAUCGGCUUGUGGUAUGCGAAGAAACAGGGACAGAAGAACAAGGAAGCGGAGAGGCAGGAGAGAGCUGUAGUACACAUGGAUGAACGGCGAGAAGAACAGAUUGUGCAGCUGCUGCAUUCAGUUCAAGCAAAGAAUGGUAAAGACUCAGAAGCACAGAUUUCCUGGUUUGCUCCUGAAGAUCACGGAUACGGUACUGAAACUCCUGCUGAGAACAAACCCAACUCAGAGAAGAAACUUGAGAACCAGGAAAAGAAAUUGAUAAGUCAAGAAAAGAGAACAUUUAGAAUCAGGGACAAAUAUAUUGACCGAGAUUCUGAAUAUCUCUUGCAAGAAAAUGAACCAGAUGUUACCUUAGACCAACAACUAUUGGAAGAUUUACAAAAGAAAAAAAGUGACCUUCGGUAUAUUGAAAUGCAGCAUUUCAGGGAAAAGCUGCCUUCAUAUGGAAUGCAAAAGGAAUUGGUAAAUAUGAUUGAUAACCAUCAAGUAACAGUAAUAAGUGGUGAAACUGGAUGUGGAAAAACUACUCAAGUUACUCAGUUCAUUUUGGAUAACUACAUUGAAAGAGGAAAAGGAUCUGCAUGCAGGAUAGUUUGUACUCAGCCAAGAAGAAUUAGUGCCAUUUCAGUUGCAGAGAGGGUGGCUGCAGAAAGGGCAGAAUCUUGUGGCAAUGGUAACAGUACUGGAUACCAGAUUCGUCUCCAGAGUCGGUUGCCAAGGAAGCAGGGUUCUAUCUUAUACUGUACAACAGGAAUCAUCCUGCAGUGGCUCCAGUCAGACUCGCAUUUGUCCAGUGUUAGUCAUAUUGUGCUUGAUGAAAUCCAUGAGAGAAAUCUACAGUCAGAUGUUUUAAUGACGGUUAUUAAAGAUCUUCUCAAUUUUCGACCUGACCUGAAAGUAAUAUUGAUGAGUGCAACUUUAAAUGCUGAGAAAUUUUCAGAAUAUUUUGGUAACUGUCCAAUGGUACACGUACCUGGUUUUACUUUUCCGGUUGUGGAGUAUCUUUUGGAAGAUAUAAUUGAAAAAAUAAGAUAUGUUCCAGAACAAAAAGAACACAGGUCCCAGUUUAAGAGGGGUUUCAUGCAAGGGCAUGUAAAUAGACAAGAAAAAGAAGAAAAAGAAGCAAUCUAUAAAGAACGCUGGCCAGAUUAUGUAAGGGAACUGCGCAAAAGGUAUUCUGCAAGUACUGUAGAUGUUCUGGAAAUGAUGGAUGAUGAUAAAGUUGAUCUGAAUUUGAUUGCUGCCCUUAUCCGACACAUUGUUUUGGAAGAAGAGGAUGGUGCAAUAUUGGUCUUUCUACCAGGCUGGGACAAUAUCAGCACUUUACAUGAUCUCUUGAUGUCACAAGUGAUGUUUAAAUCAGACAGGUUUCUUAUUAUACCCCUACAUUCACUGAUGCCUACAGUUAACCAGACACAGGUAUUUAAAAGAACCCCUCCUGGUGUUCGGAAAAUAGUAAUUGCUACGAAUAUUGCAGAGACUAGCAUUACCAUAGAUGAUGUAGUUUAUGUGAUAGAUGGAGGAAAAAUAAAAGAAACACACUUCGACACACAAAACAACAUCAGUACAAUGUCUGCCGAGUGGGUUAGUAAAGCUAAUGCCAAACAAAGGAAAGGUCGAGCUGGAAGAGUUCAACCAGGUCAUUGCUAUCAUCUGUAUAAUGGUCUUAGAGCAAGCCUUCUGGAUGACUAUCAACUGCCAGAAAUUUUAAGAACUCCUUUGGAGGAACUUUGUUUACAGAUAAAGAUUUUAAGGCUAGGUGGAAUUGCUUAUUUUCUGAGUAGGUUAAUGGAUCCACCGUCAGAUGAAGCAGUGUCACUUUCCAUAAAACACCUGAUGGAACUGAAUGCUUUGGAUAAACAAGAAGAAUUGACACCCCUUGGAGUCCAUUUAGCACGAUUACCAGUUGAGCCACACAUUGGGAAAAUGAUUCUUUUCGGAGCUCUGUUCUGUUGUUUAGAUCCAGUACUCACCAUUGCUGCUAGUCUCAGCUUCAAAGAUCCCUUUGUCAUUCCACUGGGCAAAGAAAAGUUUGCAGAUGCAAGAAGAAAAGAAUUGGCAAAAGAUACUAAAAGUGACCACCUGACAGUUGUAAAUGCAUUUGAGGGCUGGGAAGAAGCUAGGCGACGUGGUUUCAGAUAUGAAAAAGACUACUGCUGGGAAUAUUUUUUGUCUUCAAACACAUUGCAGAUGCUGCAUAACAUGAAAGGACAAUUUGCUGAGCAUCUUCUUGGAGCUGGAUUUGUAAGCAGUAGAAAUCCUAAAGAUCCAAAAUCUAAUAUAAAUUCAGAUAAUGAGAAGAUAAUUAAAGCUGUCAUCUGUGCUGGUUUAUAUCCCAAAGUUGCUAAAAUCCGACUGAAUUUGGGUAAAAAAAGAAAAAUGGUCAAAGUUUACACAAAAACUGAUGGACUAGUUGCUAUUCAUCCUAAAUCUGUUAAUGUGGAGCAAACAGAAUUUCACUACAACUGGCUCAUCUAUCAUCUGAAGAUGAGAACAAGUAGUAUAUACCUAUAUGACUGCACAGAAGUUUCUCCAUACUGUCUCUUAUUCUUUGGAGGUGAUAUUUCCAUCCAGAAGGAUAACGAUCAGGAGACUAUAGCUGUAGAUGAAUGGAUUGUCUUUCAGUCUCCAGCAAGAAUUGCCUAUCUUGUUAAGGAAUUGAGAAAGGAACUAGAUAUCCUUCUGCAAGAGAAGAUCGAAAGUCCCCAUCCUGUAGAUUGGAAGGACACUAAAUCCAGAGACUGUGCUGUACUGUCAGCUAUUAUAGACUUGAUCAAAACACAGGAAAAAGCAAGUCCCAGGAACUUUCCACCACGAUUCCAGGAUGGAUAUUACAGCUGACAACUUUUCUGUGGUGGUCUGAAAAUUUGACAGCCAUUUUCCAUCAUAGUUUAAUUUUGGGGUAGAUGCCAAACCAUGGGACAUGAAUAAUUACUGUAUGUAAGGUAGAAACCUUUAGUAGGUAGUAAAGACGUAAUGUGCAUGAUUUAACAAUGUUAUCUAUAGCUAUUAUAAAUAUAACAUAAAAAGCAAUAUGUUCUCUGAUCAUAUUUUCUGUUGUCAUGUCCACACUUUGGGAGGACUGCUCUUAUAUAUAUUGAGUGUUGUACCACUUGAGAAAUUCCUUUGUUCUGUUAUGAGAAGUUAAUCUUUCUGCCCAUAGUGACUGAGUAUAGAAACCAGUAAAAGGAAUGGUUAGGCAAAAAGCAGUGUCAAGUUAAGAAUUUGAACACAACCACAUUUUUAAAUGAAACUUCCCUCAGAAGUAAAUUAAUUUGUUGUAAUAGAGCCCAGUGUUUAAUAAAAUGUACAGUGUAUAAAUCUCAGCUAACUUUUUGGCUUGGUUUCUACAUCUCUAUCCUUUGGCUUGAUUUUUUUUUAAAUCUUUUUAGAAUGUAUUUGUACCCCUUUUACAUUAGCGUAGUAUAUAGCAAUUGAGAAAGUGAGUCUAGACUUGACCACCUAAGUUCAAACUUCAGCUGUGACUUACCAGCUCCCUUGGGCAAGGUACAUGGCUUCUCUGUUUUUUAUUUAUCAGUAAAAUACAGGUAGCAGUUGUGAGGAUUAAAAAUGUUGGUACAUGUAAAGUGCAUACACUAGUAUCUGGCACAUAGAAUGUACUCACUAAAUCUUAGUUUUUAUUUGUCCCUGAAUUUUAUUUUUUUUUAUAACAAUCCAUUAUGUUACACUCAUUUCCAUGCUGAGUCCCAUUUUACCCUCUCAGACAACGGAAGCUAGUGUGAUUUUAGGGCUGGUGAGUGAUAGGCUAGUGUUUUCAGCUUUAUCAGACUAACAAAUACCAUUGAAUGCUAUCCCAACAGCCAUUUGUCCCUCCCCAUUUGCUUGAUUGUUCAAGUGUUCCCCCUCUGUGUAGCCUGGUGCCCAGGGAUACUGGACUCUUGCCCAAGGGUGAAUCAAAUUGUUCUAAGCCAAUCAUGUAUGGUCUUACUCUCCUUACAACUGAUGAGCCAUCAGAAUGUAAACCUGUGUUGUCAAUUGCAACUGACAAGAGAUCUGCAAGGGGACAUCUGAGAAAGAUUUUCUUCACUGGUAGUCUUGGAGGAGGAAGUUUUCUCCUUUGAACAUUGUCUUGUCGGAAUUUGGCACUGCUGUAGCCAUUUUAGGAUUACAGGGGAUAAUGACGUUGGCUCAGUGGAAAAAUGUAAAUCACCAGUUUGUGAUAAUGCUAGUGAGCUGCUGAAUUAUCCAAUUCUAGACCUGCCUUGCACAUGCACUUAUUUUGGUCAAAUAAACCCUCCUUUAUUGAGUUAGCCACUUUAGGGUAGUGUAUUUUGUUUAACUUGGCAGAAAGCAUAUUAACUGAAACACACAGUCUGCAUCAGUGAGUGUUUGCUGAGGCCUGUUUCUACCAUUUUUUUUUUUUUAAGAUUUUAUUUAUUUAUUUGACAGAUCACA